AUGACUGUUUUUUUAUUCGUUGGUGUUAUAAGACUGUCGUUUGAUGAUGAUGAUGCUUUGGAUGAUGAUGAUGAUGAUGCUUUGGGUGAUGAUGAUGAUGAUGCUUUGGAUGAUGAUGAUGAUGAUGAUGCUUUGGAUGAUGAUGAUGAUGAUGCUUUGGAUGAUGAUGAUGAUGCUUUGGGUGAUGAUGAUGAUGAUGAUGCUUUCGAUGAUGAUGAUGAUGAUGAUGCUUUGGAUGAUGAUGAUGAUGAUGCUUUGGGACUGUUGUUUGAUGAUGAUGAUGCUUUGGAUGAUGAUGAUGAUGCUUUGGAUGAUGAUGAUGAUGCUUUGGAUGAUGAUGAUGAUGCUUUGGAUGAUGAUGAUGAUGCUUUGGAUGAUGAUGAUGAUGAUGAUGCUUUGGAUAAUGAUGAUGAUGAUGAUGAUGAUGCUUUGGAUGAUGAUGAUGAUGCUUUGAAUGAUGAUGAUGAUGCCUUGGAUGAUGAUGAUGAUGACGAUGAUGCUUUGGAUGAUGAUGAUGAUGAUGCUUUGAAUGAUGAUGAUGAUGAUGCUUUGGAUGAUGAUGAUGAUGCUUUGGAUGAUGAUGAUGAUGCUUUGAAUGAUGAUGAUGAUGCCUUGGAUGAUGAUGAUGAUGCUUUGAAUGAUGAUGAUGAUGCUUUGGAUGAUGAUGAUGAUGAUGCUUUGGAUGAUGAUGAUGAUGCUUUGGAUGAUGAUGAUGCUUUGGAUGAUGAUGAUGAUGAUGAUGAUGCUUUGGAUGAUGAUGAUGAUGCUUUGGAUGAUGAUGAUGAUGAUGCUUUGAAUGAUGAUGAUGAUGAUGCUUUGGAUGAUGAUGCUUUGAAUGAUGAUGAUGAUGAUGCUUUGGAUGAUGAUGAUGAUGAUGCUUUGGAUGAUGAUGAUGAUGAUGCUUUGAAUGAUGAUGAUGAUGAUGUUUUGGAUGAUGAUGAUGAUGAUGCUUUGGAUGAUGAUGAUGAUGCUUUGGAUGAUGAUGAUGAUGAUGAUGCUUUGGAUGAUGAUGAUGAUGCUUUGGAUGAUGAUGAUGAUGCUUUGGAUGAUGAUGAUGAUGAUGCUUUGGAUGAUGAUGAUGAUGAUGCUUUGAAUGAUGAUGAUGAUGAUGCUUUGGAUGAUGAUGAUGAUGCUUUGGAUGAUGAUGAUGAUGCUUUGGAUGAUGAUGAUGAUGCUUUGGAUGAUGAUGAUGAUGCUUUGGAUGAUGAUGAUGAUGAUGAUGCUUUGGAUAAUGAUGAUGAUGAUGAUGAUGCUUUGGAUGAUGAUGAUGAUGCUUUGAAUGAUGAUGAUGAUGCCUUGGAUGAUGAUGAUGAUGACGAUGAUGCUUUGGAUGAUGAUGAUGAUGCUUUGAAUGAUGAUGAUGAUGAUGCUUUGGAUGAUGAUGAUGAUGCUUUGGAUGAUGAUGAUGAUGCUUUGAAUGAUGAUGAUGAUGCCUUGGAUGAUGAUGAUGAUGAUGCUUUGAAUGAUGAUGAUGAUGAUGCUUUGGAUGAUGAUGAUGAUGCUUUGGAUGAUGAUGAUGAUGCUUUGAAUGAUGAUGAUGAUGCCUUGGAUGAUGAUGAUGAUGAUGAUGACGAUGCUUCGGAUGAUGAUGAUGAUGCUUUGGAUGAUGAUGAUGAUGAUGCUUUGAAUGAUGAUGAUGAUGAUGCUUUGGAUGAUGAUGAUGAUGCUUUGGAUGAUGAUGAUGAUGAUGAUGAUGAUGAUGAUGCUUUGGAUGAUGAUGAUGAUGCUUUGGAUAAUGAUGAUGAUGAUGAUGCUUUGGAUGAUGAUGAUGAUCAUCAUUGA